UAUUUAAUUGGGGGCUGACUUGUCAAACUUACUCGUUGAUGCUUACCAGUAGCUGCCUAACCACUAACAGGGUUUUUUCCUCCCUUCCUUCUCCUUUGGGCAAUCUUCCCACAAUGAAGAUGCUGCUGAGCCUGGUUGUUCUGCUCUCUGCUGCCCUGUUAGCCUGCACAGCCCCUCCAACUUGCUACUCAAGGGUGUUGUCUCUGAGCAAAGAAAUCACGGAGUCCUUCAAGGAGUUACAGACCUCCAAAGCUGUGGACUCAUGUGUGUUAACGCUGCCCAGGCUGUAUUUGGACAUACAUAAUUACUGUGUGUUGGCAAAACUCCGUGAAUUUGUGGCCUACCCCAGAUGUGAGAGAGUCCUUGAAGUGAGUGAGCUGAAGGAAAAAGCCCGGAGUCUGUACACCAUCAUGAUCUCCUACUGCAGAAGGGACUUAGUGUUCCUCACUGAUGACUGUAAUGCUCUGGAAAGUCCUAUUCUGCCUCCCAUUGAGCCUUCCAUCACUGAGAGUUAAAAUGGAGUCAAAUCAAAAGAUGCACCUAGGAAAUUUUCAAGAAGAUGAAGAGUCAAAAUAUGUAUACACAGUCAACUACCACGUUAACAACUGAGAUCUUUUUCAAGCAAACUAGUAGUAUUAUCUCAGACCUACCCAUUUUUCUCCUUGGCAGGAAAUGAACUGCAUGCCUUGCAUACCUACGGAGCUGCUAGGGAAACUACGGUUAGAGACCAUUUUUUCAUUUGGCAAGGUAUGACAUUUCAAGCAUAGCCAAAUGUAUAAAGUAUGUUUUGUUUAAACAUUAGAUACUAGAUAUUUGUUUUAGUCUUUUAUGAGUAACAAUAUUCAUAUAAAGAAAAUACGUUAUUAUCCAUAUUCUACACUGAUUUAGCAGUUCUUUUUUGGAUGGGUUUGGAAGAGACCACGUUUGUUUAUCUUACAGUGUUUGAUAGAAGUGUAACUGUAUACUGGCAGAUGUCUCACUACAUAGCUCAUGUGUAUGCUCAUAGUUUUUGAUAUCAGACUUGUAAGAAUAGAGAUGAAAGUAACCUGUCUCUGUGGAAAACUAAAUAAAAACAGUCCUCUAAUCCAA